AUGAGAGUUGAGAGGCACACGCAUGAGAUUUCAUCCCGGCCCCACUAUUUUCGCCAGAAGCAACAAAACGGCCAGCCACAAUUUGGAGCUGCCCCCGCGACCGACCUCGAACUUCCCUCGUCCCCACCUCCAACACCAACACCACCGCCACCAACCACCACGGGAUCAUCUAGAGACGAUUUCAACAAGUACAUCGUCAGGCCAUCUACACCCCCCAAGAUGCCUCUCGCACCCCCCGCCGAAGGCAUCUUCCCAACCUGGGCAGAAUGCGAGGAGGCAGUGCAGUCGCACGCGGCGCGCGAAGGGUACGCCACGGUAGCGCACCCUAAGACCAAGUCCAAGCGAACGGGGCAGUACUCACGGUACGUGAUCAAGUGCGACAAGUCAGGAACCUUCCAAUCCAAGGCGCAGAUCGGGGCCAAGCGCAUAUCCUCGAAGAAGACCGGCUGCCCCUUCAGCUGCACGGCCAACAUCCGCGAGGACGGCUGCUACUUCAAGGUCACGGUGCCCGAGCACAACCACACGCCGUCGGCCAGUCCCGCCGAGCACGUGCGCCACCGCCGCAUGAACGUCGAGCAGCGCAGUUUGGUGGAGGCGGGCGCUAUUGCGAGGAAGCCUGUUAAGGUGAUUUAUGAGGAUCUGGUCGCGAGUUACCCGGAUACGUUUGUUAAGUUUGAGGAUGUGAGCAACUAUGUGCAGGCGUGGAAACGGCGCGCUAAGGAUAAUGCGACGGGCGUGCAGGCGCUGUUGUACAGAUUACAAGAACGCGAGGACAUCUGGAGCUUCCCCCUCGAGCGAGCCAGCACAGUCCCGCACGCGCAGCACGCCGAGGGCGGGGGCAAUGGCACGCUGGAGGGCAUAUUCUGGGUUCCCAAAUGGACGACGGACCUCUGGCAGCGCACGCCCGACAUCUUAAUAAUAGAAACAUCGCACAUCCUCACGCGCCAGCAGCAGAACCAGCAGGACUCGAUCCUGCCGAUCCUCGAGAUGAACAGCGUCAUCGCGGCCUCCGGCGCCGGGGGCAACGCCGCCGGCUACGCCAUCCUGCCCGACCGCAGCGACGCCACGCUGCUGUGGCUGAUGGGCGCCGUCGACCGCCUGCGCCUGCGGCUCAAGGGCCCCAAGCACGCUUAUAUCACUGUGACGGACUUCCAGACGGCGGAGAAGAAUGUCCUGGCCGAGGUGAACAAGCCGCCGCCGCUGCACCAGCAGCGGCAUGUUGUGUUUGGGCGGAUUUUGUCUGACGCGGGCGCGGCGCCGGCGAUGAUGGCGAUUUCGACGACAACGCCGAUGCAGGCGCACGUAUCAGCACAGGCACCGGUGGCGGGUAUGACAGACGCGUCUUACACCCCCACGAAUCAGACGGGUGGUUCUGUUUCAGGGAGUCAGAUGAACGGCAACUUUGACUACACCAUGGGAAUGUCAUGA